CCAAAGAGAGGAUCAUUUCCAUUGGAUCAUCUUCAUGAAUGUGACCAAGCUGUAGAGCUUUAUUAUAAAUGUCUUCAAGAUAAUCAAAAUUUUGCAUCAAAAUGUAGAAAGGAAGCCUCCGAAUAUUUGAAAUGUAGAGUGGAAAAUAAAUUAAUGUCAAAUGAUGAUAUG